AUGUCUUGUAUUGAUUAGAGCUUUGCACAAUUUUAACAAACAGCUUAGUUCUUUAAUCCAGAUAUUGGGAACAAUGGAACUUUGAGAAUGCCUUAAAAAAUAAAAAAAAGAGAAAUCUCGAUGCCAUCUUAUUACUUUGAUGACUUUAAGGGGUUUCUCAAGCAACCAAUUAAAAUAACCUCCAAUAUCACCCAAAGGCGCAACACACAUACAACAACUACAACUCAAGACAGUAGUCAAAUGAGUCAGUCCAUUAAGUAACCCAAUAAAAGCUUGAAAUAAUUGACAUAGGCCAAUAAUUAGGACUAUUCCAAAAUAAUCAAUAUUAUUAGCUAAUUCAACAAUUCUAACAAAUUGAAGCACGCAUAGAGUGCAAAUUCUAUGAAAUACAAACUAAUAAUCCCUUUAAAGGAAAAAUCUAUGAAUGUGAAUAUGACAAGAGACAGCAGGACUAACUCAAGAUGUAGUGUAGUAUCUGCAUAAGGCGAAAGAAAACGUAGUAUAAAAGUAAAUGAUCCAUAUGGACUAAUUAAUAAUAAAAUUAUGAGCAAAACAAAUUCGAAAUAAUUCUUAAAACAAAAGGCUUAAGAUAAAUUAGUAGACAAGUUAUUCUCAUAAAGAUCAGAUAGCGUUUAAUGA